AUGAGGAAGGAGGUAACAAAAAAUUCUGUUGUCAUCUUUGGAGCACCUCUAACUGUGUGCGCCUUCUUGCGUCACCACGGUCUAAGAAGAGGAAAAUCUGUUGGGCGCCGGGAUGAUGCGCUGGGCGGAUUGAGCCCCGCGUGCACCCACUUCGUUCAGGGAAAUGCGCUGGGCGCCUUAUAA